AUGGCAGAACCUUAUGGGAAACCAACAGUUCUCAGUGUUCCAGAAGCCAAUGGUGCGAUUGGUGCUCCUAUUCCCCCACGGGCUUUUGCAAAUGGUCCUAUGCCUCCAGCUCCUGUUCCAGCAAUUCACCCGUCACCUAUGCAGCCUAAUGUCUACCCACCAAUGUAUAUACCUGCAGCACAAGCUUGGCAGGGACAGUCUAUGCAACCAGCUGCAGGUGGUAUUCCGCAGCAGCAAAUGCAAUUCAGAGGAAUGCCCCCUCCGCCGUUAGCUCCAUCCUUAAAUAACUCCCCUCUACCACCAGCUUCAAUGGGUGGUAAUGUUUGGCCUCCACCACCACUUCCUCAGCACUUUAAUGACGGUCACCAUGCUAUGCCACAUAUGUCGAUGCAGCCACCUCCUCCACCUCCUGCACCAGGUUGA